AUGUCUUCAGAAGUGGCAGUUGACGUUCAACCAUCCGUCAAUGGCUUUGGUGGACAAGAAUUGGAAAGAAUAUCAGACAACAUCGAUGAAGUUAAUGUACUUGCGGCAAAAAUACGAGAUAGUAAAGACCCUGAGAAAGAGGUACUAUUUCACCCCGACACCGCGUUAUCUCAGAUUGAGCACCUUUUACAGACGGCUGAAGCGAUGAGAAGAGAUGGAUGUCCACGUUGGAUGAUAGUGACUGGGCUCAUUCAUGAUCUCGGCAAAUUGCUUAGUUUCUUUGGAGCUUCGGAUCAGUGGGAAGUCGUCGGAGAUACCUUCCCAGUAGGCUGUGCAUUUGACGAAGACAUCAUCCUUUCCGAGACUUUCAAGAACAAUCCUGAUUAUCAUAAUCCAAAAUACAACACCAAGUACGGAGUUUACUCUCCAAAUUGCGGAUUGGAUAACGUCAUGAUGUCAUACGGUCAUGAUGAAUAUCUAUAUCAUGUUGUCAAGAAAUGGUCCACAUUGCCACAAGAAGCACUUGAUAUGAUCAGAUAUCAUUCAUUUUACUCAAUGCACAGCAAAGGAAAAUACAAGCAUCUGAUGAAUGAGGACGAUGAAAAAAGACUAGCCGCUGUGAAGAAGUUCAAUCCAUAUGACCUUUAUAGCAAGGCUGAUGAGCCUCCAAAUGUGGAAGAACUCAAGCCGUAUUAUAUCGAACUGAUCAAUGAAUUCUUCCCACAAGAGAUUAUUGAAUGGUGA